AGCCACUGCUGUGGGAGCUCUUCCUACAGGCUGGGCCUGUGGUCAACACACACAUGCCCAAAGACAGAGUCACAGGACAACACCAAGGUCCACAGACGACGCAAUCGCCAUCACACUGCACACUGCCCUAUCCCAUCUGGACAAGAGGAAUACCUAUGUAGGAAUGCUGUUCAUUGAUUACAGCUUAGCAUUUAACACCAUAGUUCCCUCCAAACCCGUCAGUAAGCUCGAGACCCUAGGUCUCGACUCCGCUUUGUUCAACUGGGUCCUGAACUUUCUGACGGGUCCCCCCAGAUGGUUAAAGUAGGAAACAUCUCCACCACGCUGAUCCUCAAUACUGGGGCCCCACAAGGGUGCGUUCUCAGCCCUCUCCUGUACUCCCUGUUCACCCUGACUGUGUGGCCAUGCACGUCUCCAACUCAAUCAAGUUUGCAGACAACACUACAGUGGUAGGCUUGAUUACCAACAAUGAUGAGAUGGCCUACAGGGAGGAGGUGAGGUCCCUCGGAGUGUGAUGUCAGUAGAAUAAUCUCUCACUCAUUGUCAACAAAACAAAGGAGAUGAUCGUGGACUUCAGGAAACAGCAGAGGGAGCACCCCAUCCACAUCGAUGGGACAGCAGUGGAGAAGGUGGAAAGUUUUUAGUUCCUACACAUCACGGACAAACUGAAAUGGUCCACUCACACAGACAGCGUGGUGAAGAAGGCGCAACAGCGCCUCUUCAACCUCAGGAGGCUGAAGAAAUUUGACUUCACUUAAAACACUCGCAAACUUUUACAGAUGCUCAAUCGAGAGCAUCCUGUCAGGCUGUAUCGCCACCUGGUACGACAACUGCACUGCCCUCAACCACAAGGCUCUCCAGAGGGUACUGCGGUCUGCACAACACAUCACCGGGAGCAAAUUACCUACUCUCCAGGACACCUACAGAACCCGAUGUCACAGGAAGGCCAAAAAGAUCAUCAAGGACAACAACCACCCGAACCACUGCCUGUUCACCCCACUAUCAUCCAUAAGGCUAUGGCUUUGUUGAGUUCCUCAGUGAAGAGGAUGCGGACUAUGCUAUCAAGAUUAUGAACAUGAUUAAACUAUAUGGCAAGCCCAUCCGUGUCAACAAGGCCUCAGCACACAACAAAAACCUGGAUGUGGGCGCAAACAUCUUCAUUGGUAACCUAGACCCGGAGAUUGACGAGAAACUCCUCUAUGACACGUUCAGUGCCUUUGGGGUCAUACUCCAGACGCCCAAGAUCAUGCGCGACCCGGACACUGGCAACUCCAAGGGCUACGCCUUCAUCAACUUUGCCAGUUUUGACGCCUCUGACGCAGCCAUCGAGGCCAUGAACGGCCAGUACCUGUGCAACCGCCCCAUUACAGUGUCAUAUGCCUUCAAGAAGGACUCCAAGGGCGAGCGGCAUGGCUCAGCCGCUGAACGCCUCCUAGCAGCUCAAAACCCGCUUUCGCAGGCCGAUCGGCCGCAUCAGCUAUUCGCAGAUGCACCGCCUCCCCCCUCUGCCUCGACCCCUAUCCUCACCACCCUGGGAGCCGGGAUGCCCAUGCCUGGCAUGCCCCCUCCUGGUGCCUUCCCUCCUGUGCCACCCCCCGGAUCCAUGCCUCCUGGUAUGCCCCCUGGCAUGCCCCCCGCCCCAGGGACACCAGGACCCCAGGGAGGAGGCUCAGGCCCCCCACCUGGCCCACCACCCUUCCACCAGGGCAUGCACCCGGGAAUGCCCCAGAUGCCCAUGCAUCCUCAUGGCCAUCCCCCGGGUAUGGUGCCUCCACCGGGCCCCCCAGGAUCCAACCAGCAUCGGGCACCUCCACCCCCCGGCAUGCCCCCUCAUCCACACAUGGGCAUGCCACCGAGAGGGCCCUAUGGGCAUCCCAUGGGUCACCCCAUGCAUCCAGGCAUGAGAGGACCCCCUCCUCCCAUGCCCCCACCAGGCUACGGUGGGGGUCCCCCUCGUCCACCUCCGUUUGGUUUCCAGAGGGGGGGGCCUCCAAUGCCACCGAGGCCCCCCGGCGGCCCACCUCGAGGUCCCAUGAGGGGACCAAUGCCCCCAUAGACUACGGAAAACCACAGCAAGGCGCUUUUUUUAGUUCUAUUCCAGAUUACAGUUCCAUUUUUUUGUAUGUUUUUUUCUUCACUGUACAGAUGCCAAACCUGCAAGGAAUAAAGGUUUUAAUACAACAA